AUGGAGCAUAGACAUAGACCUGGUAGCUUACAUCAGUCAAAUAAGCCUUUUAAAAGUCGCCAUGCUUCUAAGGGUGCUUUAAGGGAAGCCUCCAAGGGUAAAGUUAACCGUAUCUCAGUCAAACACGGUUCUAAUAAAACCGUUUCCAAGACCGAUCGUCGUCAUGCUGCCAAAAUGGUUCAACAAAAGAAGCGUGAAGACAUUACUCGCAUCAACAGAGUAUUUGAGGGUCGUCAGGGUGCUCCAAAAAUAGUUCCAGUUCUAUCAUUGUGUCCUGAUAGUGAUACAGAAGCCGCUAUUGCCAGUAUGUAUGGUGCGCUCAACCAAGAAGUGCCCAUGACUGCCGCCACGGAAGCCACAGUUCUCAACGUCGAACGUUUCAAACAAAAAGUUCAAUUCGUCCCUUUAAAGCGAAAUUUUAUUGAUGUGAUUGAUGCCUUCAAAGUAGCCGACGUGGGUAUUUUGUUAAUGUCUGCCGAUGUGGAAGUGGAUCAAUUCGGCAUCAACUGUUUAUUAGCUAUCUUGAAUCAAGGCUUAGUUAACGUCGUACCUGUGGUUCAACAUAUGGAUCGUGUGCCUCAGAAACUACGCAACAGCACAAAGAAGUCAUUGAUUGCCUUCAUACAACAAUUUUUCCCAGAAGAAGAGCAUCUUUACUCAUUAGACUCAGCAAACGAUGGAUUGAACGUGUUGCGUUUCAUCACCUCUCAAAGACCCAAGCCAAUAUCAUGGCGUGAUAAUCACCCAUAUAUGUUGGCUGACCAAGUAGAAUACGAACCUGUCACAGCAGAAACCGGUACAUUGAAAGUGACAGGUUAUGCUAGAGGUAACCCCUUCAAUGCCAAUCGUUUAGUACAUCUUCAAAAUUUCGGCGAUUUCCAGAUUCAGCAAAUUACCACUGCAGCUUUGACACAUAGCAAUGAUAUGCAAGAGGAUGCAGUUAUUGAUACCCCCAAACCUGAAGAGCAGGACGAUCUUAUUGCAGAAAACGAACCUGAUAUGAUGAACAAUGAGCAAACAUGGCCAACGGAAGAGGAAUUAGCAGAAGCAGAUGAGCGGGUGCGUCGUUUGCGUCAAAUGGAAGAAGCGCAGGUUAAGCGGGUGCCUAAAGGUACUUCUGCUUAUCAGGCAGCUUGGAUCGUUGAUGAUGAAGAUGCUGAAUAUAGUGCCGAGGAGGAAGCAGACGAAGAUAUGGAUAUGACAAUGCAAGAUGAAGGGGAAGAUGACAUUGUUCAGUCUGCAGAAAGCGCGUUUCCCGAUGUAGAUGAAGAGUAUGAAGAAAUAGAGUUGGAAGAAAAAAAUGUUUACAAGGAUGAAUUGGAUGCUGAAGAAGAAGCAAGGCAAUAUGAAGAAUAUUUAAAAGAAAGACAAAAAGAGUUUGAAAACCAAAAUGAAUUUCCCGAUGAAAUUGAUACACCGAUGCACAUACCUGCUAGAGAACGUUUUGCACGUUACCGCGGUCUUCAAUCCUUCAGAACUUCACCUUGGGAUCCUUAUGAAAAUCUACCCAUCGACUAUGGUAGAAUUUUCCAAUUUGAAAAUUAUGGACGUACUAAGGCGCGUGUUAUCAGUCAAGCAAUUGUUGGUAACGUCAAGCCUGGUAGUAGGAUUACAAUUUGGAUCAAGAAUGUGCCUUUGCAAGCUUAUGAAUCAUAUGAUAGAUCACGACCUUUUGUUGUGUUCGGUCUCUUACAAUAUGAACAUAAAAUGUCUCUUUUAAAUAUCCAGAUUCAAAGAGAUAAUGCUUAUGAAGAACCUGUCAAAUCCAAAGAUCCAAUGGUCAUGCAUAUGGGCUUCAGACGUUAUAAUGUGCGACCUAUAUAUUCACAAAAUACAAAUAAGGGUUUGAAUAAUGUACAUAAAUUUGAACGGUUUAUCAAUAUUGGUCGCUCGUAUGUGGCGACAGUUUAUGGCCCUAUUGUUUUUGGUAAAACUCCUGUUAUGUUUUACAAAGAAACAGAUAAUGCGAAUGAACCUAUCUUAGUGUCAACUGGUACAUUUAUGAAUGUCGAUGUCAAACGAAUUAUUGCAAAGCGUAUUAUUCUUAGUGGUCAUCCAUUCAAAUGCCAUAAGCGAUCAGCUGUCAUUAGAUACAUGUUUUUCAACGUCGAAGAUAUAUAUUGGUUUAAACCUGUGCAGCUUACAACGAAGUACGGUCGUGUAGGCCAUAUCCGGGAGUCCUUGGGCACACACGGUUAUAUGAAAUGUAUCUUUGAUGGUCCGCUGACACAACAAGAUACAGUUAUGAUGUGCUUGUACAAACGUGUCUUCCCUAAGUGGACUACGGAGCUUUAUAGAGGCGGAUUGAAUAACUCAGUGGCUGUAUCUGCAGUAGACAAAGAUAUUACCAUGAUGGGCUAA